AUGUCUAGAAUAUCCAAGGAGAAAUUGAAAUAUGAGGAGGAAUUAACUGAUUUGCAGAGGUCGCUGGAGGAAAAGAAGGCUUCCGGUGUCGACGAGUAUACUAUUAAGAAAGUGUGUGAGCUCAUUGAUGAAACCAAGAUGGUGGUUUCAGACUGCUCAAGGCGGUUAACAGAGGCCCUCUCUGACCUUGAGGGCACUUUGGCGAGCUGUGAGGAUCUGUCAGAACACGAAAACUACCAAGCUGCCAAAAGUGUCGCAUUGGAACAGGGCUCUGGGGAUGCCUAA